GGAAUGAACAAACGCAGGAAUUUUCCACCAACCCAGACAAAAUGAACCGAGCUCGGGAAGGAAGAAUCAUCAUGAAGAGGAUAGGCGGAGGACGAGUCGGUCAGGCCCCCGAAUUUGGACUCGACACGUUUUAUUUCUUCCUGACUGUUUAUUGCCUCUUCAAGUGACACGUGUUCUCCCCACCUGGGUAUUAGGGUUUUGCAGGGAGACAUAAAAUUAAUCUUCAGCCGGCAACUGGUACAUCAUCUUACUCUCUUCUCAUCUUUCUGCUUCUGCCCCCCGAAAAGGCGAUGGCUUCUGCGUCAGAGAUAGUGAAAAGAUUGAAUCUUCAGCCGCACCCAGAAGGUGGUUUCUUCGCUGAAACCUUUAGGGACACUUCCGUGACGCUCUCCACCUCUCACCUUCCGUCUACCUAUAAGGUUGAUCGUCCUGUGAGCACCUCUAUUUACUUCUUGCUUCCUUCUGGAUGUGUGUCUGCGCUUCAUCGAAUCCCAUGUGCAGAGACCUGGCAUUUUUAUCUGGGAGAACCUAUGACGGUAUUCGAACUGAGUGAAGAUGGGAAUAUCAAACUAACCUGCAUUGGACCUGAUCUUAUUGGCGAUCAACAACCGCAAUAUACUGUGCCUCCAAACAUCUGGUUUGGUGCAUUUCCAACAAAAGACUACACUAUCUCCCCCGAUGGUUCAGUUGUGAAGAAUGAGCCAAGGGACAAAGAGAGUCACUACUCCUUGGUAGGUUGCACUUGUGCACCCGCUUUUCAGUUUCAGGACUUCGAGAUGGCAAAGCGAUCUGAGCUUGUUUCAAAAUUCCCUCAGCACGAGUCUUUCAUCUCUUUACUCACGUAUGGCAGCGAAUGAUGUAUCUCCCUCAGUUCCUAGAACUAAAGAAGAGAAAAGAGUUCUGACAAUGAGACCAACUGGGUUCACUUCCAUAUAUAGCUUUGCUGAAGAUAAUAAUCGGAGGGAAUAUCUAUAGCUUCUAGCCUUGUGAAGUUUUCCAACAUGGUAAUGUAAUGCUAAGAUUGGGAGCUUUCUGUAUCUGUAUUUACAAAUGGAUGUUUUAUUCCAUUCUCUGUACCUAGAAACUUCUCUUCAAAGUUUACAACUUUUAUUAAUAGCAAAAUGGUCGCCGGCGUUUCUCUGAUUCUCA